ACUUUAGACUAUAAUAAAUAGCUGAAAGUCCCACAGCUUCCAAAGACUGAGAAAAAUGUCAUCACCACAGGGUAUCUAUAAGAGAUGCGAGGAACCCGAGGAACAGGGGAAGAACCCAAGGAAGAUAUUUGAAACAGCAGGUAAUUUCCUGCCACAAAGCUUCCGAGGUGGUUCAGGAGUAUCCCUGCUGAUCAUUUAUCUUGUGACCAUUGCGUCAUUUUUGCUAUGGAUCAUCAUUGUUGCUGUGAUGGCAUCAAAAUAUUCUAAGAUUUCCAAGGAACUAGAAGAGCUGCGUUUGAAUCAAACUUUGCUGACUAAAAAUGGUCUCAAUUCAAAGGAGCAGUUGCAGCAGCUCCACUCCCAACAUAAUUCUUACGAAUCAUCAGUAAAUAACACCCUAAAAAAGCUGGACGAAGAACACAAUGGCCUGAAAAAGUUUGUGGAUGAAAAAAUACAACAGACAAACACUCAAAAUGAAGGAAAUGGGAAGGCAGUCAUUGAAUUAAUCAAUGCAGUUUAUCGGAUUAACGCUUCAGGCUGCCAGGUAUGUCCAAAAGGCUGGCUGCUGAACAAAGAAAAAUGCUACUAUUUCCAGAUGGGGAGUGAAGCCUGGUCUCAGGCGCAGAGGAGAUGUGAGGCUUAUGGAAGCCAACUGGUUGUCAUUGAUGAUUGGAGUAUGCAGAUUUUUCUUACUCAACAUACAAAAGGCAAGACAUUCUGGAUUGGUCUAAGUGAUAUCCACUCUGAAAACAAGUUCGUUUGGGUAGACAAAAGUACUCUAUCAUUUAAAGCUUGGAAUAUAGGAGAACCCAACAAUAGUGGACAUGGGCAAGACUGUGUAGUGAUGAAUUCUAAUGGCCGAUGGGAAGAUCGUGAAUGUGGAAGAAGUGUGGAUGGCUGGAUUUGUGAAAAGCCCUGGAAGUGCUAAUUGUAUCCAGUAAGAGGAAGACUCAACAUUCAGCAUUCGUGACCCAUGUGUAUUAUUUUGAGCUUUCUUAUUUUUAUUGUCUUUUAUUAAUUUUCUGUAUUUUGCUUUACUGAAGACUAUCAAUAUAUGGUACAGCAUAACUAUUUCGGUAAACAAGUCUUUGAAUAAACCGAGAGCUCAGCCUACAACAAGAAUGGGCAGGCUUUAGGUGUGCAGGAGCUAUUGGGGUUCGUUUUACCAGAACAAGCUGCAAAAAUAGGAGUUCAGGACUACAGACAAAGAAUUGAGGAACAAGUUGUGCUUCUGAACAGAGAACUAAUGGAUUGGCUGUCAGCAGCACAGUUGGAGCUUACACACAAAUUAUUUCACACAUUGACGUUCCCCUCUUACAAGCACUGCUGAUUUUAGCAACCUCACAGGACAACAAUUUUUAUUCAAUUAUCAUGAGUCACAAACUUCUACUAAUUUGCUAGGUAAAUUACUUGGAAAUCAGCUAAUAUGCCCAAUUUCUGCUCAUCCUGUGUAGAAAACAAAAAAUCGAAGUUGUCUAGUUUAGUAAAGUUUAAUCUUUGCUAGCCUAGGAAAUUUUACUUG